AAUCAGACAUUCUUCACUUUCGAAACCUCUCAUCGAAGCUACAAUGAGUAUCAUCGCAGGCUCCUACGAGAGAUUCAUUUGGGGUUUCAAGCUUAAACCCACAAAGCACGACGCCGAUAACCAAACCCUAACUCUCUCCCCUCUCUUCUCCUACCCUUCCCACAUCUCCCCAAUCACCACCGUCGCUUGUUCCGGUCCCGCCGCUGCUUCCGGCGGCUCCGACGAUACAAUCCACCUCUACGACCUCCCCUCCGCUUCUUCCCUUGGCUCUCUCCUUGACCACAAUCACGCAGCUUCUAUCACUGCUCUCUCCUUCUACACUCCUUCGUCCCUCUCCUUCCCUCGUAAUCUAAUCUCCGCCGCCGCAGAUGGCUCCGUCGCGAUAUUCGAUACCGAUCCUUUUGUUUUGCUUAAGUCGUUUCGUCCUCAUAAGAAAGCGGUUAAUGAUUUGGCGAUUCAUCCUUCAGGGAAGCUUGCUUUAGCUGUUUAUCGUGAUGAGUUCUUUGCGAUGUUGAAUUUGGUUAGAGGAAAGAGGAGUUUUUGUUGUAGGUUAGGUCAUGAAGCUAGUCUUGUGAAAUUUGAUCCUAGUGGUGAAAGGUUUUUCAUGGUUGUGAGUAAUAAAGUUGGAGUUCAUCAGUCUGAAGAUGCUAAGCUUCUUCUCGAGCUCGAGAAUCCGAGCCGCAAGCGUAUACUCUGUGCUGCUCCCGGAGAGAGUGGAACUCUGUUUACAGGUGGUGAGGAUCGGGCUAUAACAGCUUGGGACACAAAUAGCGGGAAGCUUGCUUACUCCAUAGAAGAUGCUCACCCAGCUCGAAUCAAAGGAAUUAUUGUGCUCACCAGGAAUGAUAGUGACGGCUCCUUGGAAGAUCCAUACUUGAUUGGUUCUGCAUCGUCUGAUGGGAUCAUACGUGUUUGGGACGUGCGAAUGGCGGCUAAAGAGAAUACAAAACCAUUAGCCGAGACAAAUACUAAAUCAAGGCUUACAUGUCUUGCCGGGUCAGCUCUUAAAUCUAUGAGACGGCCACAGAUUGGAAAACAGCAAACUCAGAAGGUAGACGAAGGGCACGAGAACUCAGAAUGAGAGCUGAUUAAUUUUGAGUGUUUAUUGAAAAGAUUGUGAGCUGACAUUUUUUUUGAUGCAAGUUUUGGUAGAAUCCAGUAGAUUCUUGUCGAAUUAUAAUUAUAAACAUUGUCUUAAACC